ACUCCCCACCUUUCUCUCUGUUUUCCCCCAGAGAUUAAAGUUACCGGAGUCGUGUUCCGUCAGUCGCCGUGUUUCUCUUCCGCCGCCGCUGCUGACGUGACCAGCUCCCGCCACCCGGAUCUCACUAAACCAAAGCAUCCACAUAUAACACUCCACCAGUUGGGUGUUUGUGAACAUUAAAUUUAACCUAAAUCUAAGCUGUUUUGGAAUUUUAAAAGCUUGCCACCCAAGUGAUGAACAGUGACCCAACGCAAAAAGCUCUCUUGUUCGGUAUUUUGGUAGGAAACGUGAAAUCGUGUUUCCUAUUACAAUCACAUGAACUUGGACCUCAAAUUGAACUGUAUUACAACAUAUAAUUAUUGAAUAUCAUCGAAUGGGGAAAUCAAAUCUUCAAGAUCGGAAUUUCUCAUCUAAUGGUGAAUCAAAGAUGUCGGUUCAGUAUUUGAUAUAAGUAAAGCACCCCUUGCACCUCUUCGACCGUUUACAAUCUGAAUCGCACCUUAAAAUCAUUCCGGGUUCUGCUCUGCAAGUCUCACCGGAAAACCUGCAACCUCACCGGAAGUUGGAACUCGCAAAACCUCAUUCUAUAUCUCUUCUGCUUCAUAUAAGAAAGCAAGAGUAUAUACAUGGAAUUAGUGCCUGGAAUUUCAACAUUGAGGAUUUGAAGAAUCAGGCUGCCGUUAUAUGUUUUUUUGUUGUUCGAAUUAUCGAGUCUUUUAGAAAAUGUCUGUGGUGUUACACAUUGUUAAUUUAUUUCCUUUGAUGACAGAUCUAGGACUACGAUGAAAUAUCAAACGCAGAAGAUCUGAACGAAACUUCAAAGAAACAAAACAGACUCGAUGAUGUUGGUUUACCAGCAGAUAGGUCUUCCACUGAGGUGUCUGAUCAUUCAGAUUCCGGAUCGCACAUCAAGGAUGCAACCGAUGAAAUUCCCAAUUUAGAGAGUUCAUUUGCGGAACUGAUUUAAACAGUAAUAUACUGAAUUACAAGACAAUGAAGUCAAAUUUAAACAUUAAUGAUUUGUCGUAUCUGAUUUAGAACGACUCAGAAGGCCUUGUGAAACAAAUAGGUGAUGAUCCUUUCAGGUGUUGUGGACUGAUGUGGAGCUCAAUUUCGUGGUAGAUAGAAUUACAAUCAACAGACACGGAUCGGCUUUACUUUUAGAAGCAUCGAAUGGGUUAUGUGUUAUGUACCUAUAUGAGCGUUCUUCAUCAAAAGAUAGUGCUGUGAUACACAGGACAGUAUUAGUUGGCUCAGAUCUCUACCUCAACACGAACGAUGCCAUACGGACUCUAAAAGUAUCAUGGCAUCCUUAUGGUGAUACUCAUCUUGGAAUUCUAUAUUCGGAUUCGGUUUUCAGUGACCGAGUAGCAGUUGGACGUGCACUUGACCUUCCUGUAUAUUUUGGGGAUGCUGGUAGUCGAGAGGUGAAGUUAAUUUCUAUACAUACAACUGAAAACCACAUGAUGUGGAAUCACUCGGUGUUGCAUAAGAUUGGGGCGGAAAGAGCUUGUGCUGCAGCAAUCACUCUAGAUACACCUGGUGCAAAUUAUAGAACUGUUUGGGCUCUCAGCAAGUAUUUCCCAAACGUAAAGACUUUUGUACGCGCUCAUGAUGUUGAUCAUGGACUCAAUCUGGAGAAGGCUGGUGUAGCAGCGGUUGUGCCUGAGACAUUAGAACCCAGUCUACAGUUAGCAUCUGUUGUUCUUGCACACGCUAAAUUACCAAUGUCGGAGAUAGCAGCCACAAUCAACGAGUUCAGAUCCUGUCACCUUUCAGAACUAACUGAGCCAUUGCUCUGUGAUCCAAACCCAAACUCGCCAGCGAACUCAGAAGUAGCACGGUUAACAACAACAAGCUCCUCAAUUGGCUAAUCAAUCAUCGGCAUCUUCAUCGGCGGCUCACACAGUUACAUCAGAGGAAGAUGAGAUUCUGAAAAGAAACACUGAUUGCGUUUACUUUCUUGCUUCACCCUUAACUUGCAAAAAGGUGCAGAACUGAUUGAGAUGUAUACACACAAACUGAUAAGAUACCAAAGAGGAUCUAAACCGAUUCGUUUAGUAACUGAAAACCAUACAAAGGAAGUAAUUGGGAGAAUUUGAUGAAUGGUAUGAAGAAUGUGGUCAAACGAGUUGGUCUGAAGAAUUUAAAGACUGAUGUUUGAGCUGUUGAUUUAGAAAGGUAAAAAAUUGAAGUCAAAAUUGCAUUGAAGGUUAGAAUUCAAUUUGGAUUUGAAGCCAGGUGGAGUUAGACUAUGGGAAAUUGGUUAAGCUUAUGAUUUCUACAACCUCACAGUUCAAAUUGAAGCAACCUCGCAGAUUCUGUCAGUUUACAAUUGGUACAAUACGGUUCAAUCGUCAUUUGAUCAACAAUUAUAAGUUUUUUUUAUUACCAUUAACGUUGAUCUGAAUAAAUAUGACUUCUGAAUUAUAACUAAAAUAGUUUACAUGAACUUGAAAUGAGGUAGAAAUUUGUUAUUGUUGCUUUGAUUGCAUGUUCUGAAGCAACAUUCAAGAAUGUAUAUAUCAUUCAUAUUUACAUUCAAUAGUUGUUUUAAGGUUGAUUAUGAUUUUGCCGUCGCU